AUGUGGGAUUCGCUGCUGUUGCCCCAGAUCCACCCCCGAGUCUUGUUUUCUGGGGGCUCCAACGCCCCCCGCAUCGCGAACGAGAGGUUCACGUACUAUCUCUCUUUUGCCGAGAUGAGGACAGAAGAGCACAAUCCGCUGAACCGGCGACAUUCCUCUACGCUGCACUAUCAGACCUUCGACACCCCGCCGCCGAAAUCUCGCGGAAGACCGAACUCCGGUCAAUCUGGAUCAUCAGGCGACGACUCGCAUCACCAACCAAGCGAUUCUCAACAUGGAUCGGGGCACGGAUCGCCCCUGCCGAAGAAACAGAUGGCGGUGCUUGCGAUGAUAUCCCUCUGCGAGCAGACUGCUUUCAAUUCCGUCAGUCCCUACCUACCCGAUAUGGCGUCAUCCUUCCCUGAAGUCGAACCCGAUAUGGUCGGUGUAUACGUCGGAGCGAUUGCUACUGCGUUCGCAGUAGCACAGUUGAUCACAAAUUACUUCUGGGGCUGGCUAUCUGAUCGCAUAGGGCGGAAACCGGUUAUUCUGCUGGGUACAAUCCUCACGGCGGCUUGCUUUUGCGCUUUUGGAUUUUGCAGAACGCUUUACCAGGCAAUCGUUGUUCAGGCGAUGAUGGGUGCCGUCAAUGGCAACCAAGGUCUGGUCUCUACAUGCCUGGGUGAGAUCACUGAUCGGAGCAACCAGUCGAAGGCCUUUACCUAUCUGCCUGUUCUUUAUGGUAUUGGUGGCAUAACCGGACCUCUCCUGGGUGGCUUGUUGGUCUUCGAGCGGAAUCCCUUCGACAAGAGCCAACCCAACCCCUUCCCGUACCUCAUGCCGAACCUGCUCGCCGGUGGAGUCUUAGUUGUGGACUUCGUCCUGUCGAUAUUCUUCCUCGAAGAGAGCUUGGAGGAUGCAGAGACCUUGCCAGAUUUCAAGCAAAGAGUUCGUGCUCUGUUUGCGUGGUUGUGGGAGUGGACUAGUUCUGCAAAGAGCGCGAGUCGGGUAAAACCGCCACAUACCGGCAGUUAUCGCCAUCUUCGUACAAGCUCGUACGAAAGUCAGGAUCAUGAUAGCGAACUAGACUCGGCGUCAGAGGUAUCGGAGACUCGCCAGACACACCACGAGUCAUUGACACGGAGUGAAAUAUUCAAUCGGGAUACUGUGCUGCUCCUUUUGACCUAUCUCAUCUUCGCUCUCUGCAACGUUGCCUUCAACUCCCUGUUUCCUAUCUUCUCGCAAGCCCGUCCCCCACUUGGGCGUGGCCUGACUCCCUCGGAGAUCGGUCUUGCUCAAGGGUUCUCUGGCUUUGUCACAAUUGUUUUUCAAAUCUGCAUUUUCGGCAAAUUGAGAGACAAGAUGGGAAAUCGCUGGUCUUACCGAGCGGGCCUUUUUGGCUUUGUCAUUUCAUUCCUGCUAAUGCCUUUUGUCGGGUACAAGAGCGAUGGCGGUAAUGGAAUAAGCGGGAAGACCGCGCUUUUGGCGAUCGAGUUGUGCUUUGCGUUGCUCGUCAAAACAGUCGCUUCAGUUGGCGGGCUGACAAGCGCACUUCUACUGAUUACCAACUCCGCCCCGGAUCAUGCCGUUUUAGGAUCCCUCAACGGACUCGCUCAAACUCUUUCGGCCGCAGGCCGUGCAGUCGGCCCAUUUCUAUCCGGCAGCCUAUUCUCUCUCGCAUCCAGACUGAAGCACAAAGGAGAAGCCAUGCCAUUCGGCGUUUUCGCCGCCGUUUCCUUUGUCGGGUUCAUCCUGAGUUUCGGCAUCCGUGGCCGCUCCCUCGAAGCCGAGGACUGGGAAAGCGAUAGCGACGACACUUACAAGUCAGACGAUGACGAAGCUGGCGCGUGA